CUCUACCCUAUCAGUUUUUGACAAAUUUUCUAACCUUCAAAUGAAUUUCAAUUAAAAAAAAGAUUACGGCGAUAAUCCCAUUAAUUUAAGAUCAACAUUGUUCAUUUGUGUACUUUUCCCUGUGCCUCUAGCUGUUAAAAUGAUCACUUUAUCCCAACGUUUAAAAAGAAAAAAUGACAGUGACUCUGGCAUAGUGAAUAGGGCUCCAAUUAGAGACCGCUUAUUAGUCAAAGAAGCUCAAGAAAUGUCCCAACUGUUACCUGCAUCUUGCUCAGUUCAAUACCAUAAUGAAAACGAUUUAAGUAAAUUUACCUUAGUUGUUCAACCAACAGAAGGAUACUGGGAAGGUGGCUCCUUUAAGUUCGACAUCAAUGUUACAGAAGAAUAUAAUAUGGUUCCACCUUUAGUAAAAUGUGCAACCAAGUUAUGGCACCCAAAUAUUUCAGAAAAUGGUGAAGUGUGCUUAUCGUUAUUGCGAAGACAUAGCGUAGAUGGAAUGGGAUGGUCCCCCAUUCGAAGACUUAAUGACGUCGUUUGGGGAUUGCAUGCUUUAUUCACAGACUUACUUAAUUUUGAAGAUCCCUUAAAUGUAGAAGCUGCUGAUCAAUUCAGAUAUUCAAAAGAAGAUUUUAAAUCUAAAGUAACAGAAUAUGUUCUAAGUUAUGCAAGGGAAUAGCGAAAGUGGACCUUCCUGGAAGCUAAUAUUAAUUUUGUUCAAUUUAUAUUGUAUAAAAUUAGUAUUCUAAUUUGUGAUAUUUUCUCUGGGAAAGAAUUUGUAAUUAUUACUGUAAUUAUAGAAAUUUAAGCAAUUACCAGUUCUUUCCCCAUAAUAUAAACUGCGUGCUUUAAAAUGACAAAAUGUCGCCAACUCUCAAAUUUUAUGGCUACUUCUGAAUUUUUAAAUAGCUCCACUUUGUGGAAAACAGUGAACUAAAUAAUAAAAAACAACUCAAUGAAUAAGCAAAAA